GUGAGAAUGGAAUGAAAACAGAGGUUGUAGGAUUUUCGUAGUUCCUUUGUAUAACGGCAUUGGAGGCUUCUGUCGAAUUUCCAUAUUACCAUUAUCAUUAUGGAAAUUCGCUAUUUUUUCGCGGUGAGUUUGGUUGUGUCCGCCUCUACAGUUUUUGCUGCCGCUGGCUCCCUACGGCACGUGAAGGAUCCAAAGUGGCAUAACGCCACCGCGACUUGGUACGGGAGCCCCGAAGGCGAUGGCAGUACUGGAGGGGCAUGCGGGUACGGGACAAUGGUGGAUGUACAACCAUUUAAGGCGAGGGUGGGGGCCGUGAGUCCGGCGUUGUUCAAGGAAGGAGAAGGUUGCGGCGCUUGUUACAAGGUCAAGUGUCUGGACAAUACCAUUUGUUCGAAAAAGGCUGUGACGGUUAUUAUAACUGAUCAAGCUCCCCAACGUUACAGUGAUCGGCCGCUUUUCGACCUAAGUGGCUCCGUUUAUGGCCGCAUGGCCAUCACUGGCCAUGGCAGCAGCCUUCGUGACCGUGGUGAGAUGCCCAUCAUUUACCGACGGACACCGUGCAAAUGUAAGAGAAAGAAUAUUGCCUUUCAUGUGAAUGAGGGGUCAACUGCUUACUGGCUUUCCCUUUUGGUCGAGUUCGAAAACGGAGAUGGUGAUAUUGGAUCCAUGCACAUCAAAGAGUCUAUUCAUAGACAACGUGUAUGGACUGUGUAUGAAAAUGACGUAUACAAGAGGCAGAGCUGUUGAAUAAUUAAAUGAAUGAAGAAUCAUAUGUAUUGGGUGCAGUCAGGGUCGAAAAAGUGGCUAGAGAUGAAUCACUUAUGGGGAGCGAACUGGGUAUUCAACGGGCCUUUGAGAGGGCCAUUGUCAGUAAAAAUUACGACGCUCUCAAGCGGAGCCACCCUCACCGCAAGCGAUGUUAUUCCUCGGAAUUGGGCUCCUAAAGCUACUUAUACUUCUCGCCUCAACUUCCACAUCUAAUGAUUAUUUCGCCUCCCACAAAUUAAGCAAACAAAGUGGUGUCCUCCAUGUGUGUCACUUACAUAAUCCAUUUAGUUUCAUUCUUUAUUGAGUGUAUAAGUGUAAACUCUAAUGAGUUCUUAUAUAUGUAUGUAUGUAUGUAUGUAUGUGUGUGUACCUAUCUGAUGGGGGAGUCGUCCAAAUGUGCAAGGCUCUAAGAGUGGUUUUCAUAUUCUAUCCGUCAAACAUUUUCAUGGGUUUAUUGUAAAAAUUGUAAAUUAUACAGCCUUAAAGUGUGUAUUUUUUCUGGAA